UGGAGAACUACCUAGAGUAUCUAAAUGGGCUUCGGCCCGUCUUCUCCAAGCCUCCUCAUAAACAAACAGGCCUAUUUUUAAGUAGAUAAGCCUAGCCGAUGAAGAUCCCCACAAAUGAAGCAUGGAAACUCUAGGCACCCCUCUCCUCUCUCGUCCACGUCAUCCAACUUCCAUAACGCUCAAUAACGACCAUGACGACCCAGUUUUUUCACGUAUCAACCAAUGCACCAAUUUAAACCAACUCAAGCAGAUCCAUGCCCAAAUGCUCCGUACAGGCCUUGUCUUUAACCCAUACUCCGCUAGCAAACUCUUUGCAGCAUCUGCUCUGUCGCCUUUUUCGAGCUUGGACUAUGCUCGUAAAGUGUUCGAUCAAAUUCCCGAGCCGAAUCUCUACACCUGGAAUACCCUCAUUCGUAUUUAUGCUUCGAGCCCUGAACCCCUCCAAGGAAUUUUGAUCUUUCUAAGAAUGGUUGAUGAGAGUGCUUAUUACCCCAAUAAAUUCACUUUUCCUUUCGUAAUCAAGGCUGCUGCAGAGAUUCUUAGUGUAUGCGUUGGGCAAGCUCUUCAUGGGAUGGUGAUUAAGGCCUCGCUUGGAGCCGAUGUGUUUAUUUCGAAUUCCUUGAUACAUUUGUAUUUGUCAUGUGGGGAUUUGGAUUCGGCUUAUAGGGUGUUUAUGAUGAUUGGUGAAAAAGAUGUUGUAUCUUGGAAUUCGAUGAUCACUGGUUUGGCACAAAAGGGUUGUGCUGAAAUGGCUUUGGAGCUGUUUAGAAGAAUGGAUGCAGAGAGUGUGAAGCCGAAUGAUGUGACAAUGGUGGGUGUUUUAUCGGCUUGCACAAAGAAGUUGGACUUGGAGUUUGGGAGAUGGGUGUGUUUGUAUAUUGAAAGGAAUGGGAUAAGUGUGAACUUGACUUUGAGUAAUGCGAUGCUUGAUAUGUAUACAAAAUGUGGGAGUCUUGAAGAUGCAAAAAGAUUGUUUGAUAUGAUGGAGGAGAAGGAUAUUGUCACGUGGACAACUAUGCUUGCUGGUUAUGCUAAAUUAGGAGAGUAUGAGGCAGCAAGGCAAGUUCUUGAUACCAUGCCACGGCAAGAUAUUGCUGCAUGGAAUGCCCUUAUUUCUGGCUAUGAACAGAAUGGGAAGCCAAAGGAGGCUCUGGCCAUAUAUCAUGAGUUGAAACUGAGCAAGAUUGCUAAACCUGAUGAGAUCACUCUUGUUAGCACUCUAUCAGCUUGUGCUCAAUUAGGAGCAAUGGAUAUAGGUAGGGGUAUCCAUGCCUACAUAAAAGAGCAGGGGAUUCAGUUAAAUUGUCAUCUUACAACCUCACUCAUUGAUAUGUAUUCCAAAUGUGGAGAUGUAAAUAAGGCACUCGAGGCAUUUUAUUCUGUGGAGAGGAGGGAUGUAUUUGUUUGGAGUGCCAUGAUUGCUGGUUUGGCGAUGCAUGGACACGGGAGAGAUGCAAUAGAUUUGUUCUCUAGAAUGCAAGAAACCACGAUCAAGCCCAAUUCUGUGACUUUUACCAAUGUGUUAUGUGCUUGUAGCCAUGCAGGGUUGGUGAAGGAGGGAAAAACCUUCCUAAAUCAGAUGGAACCAGUUUAUGGGAUUCCACCUGAGGUCCAGCAUUAUUCUUGCAUGGUUGAUAUACUAGGUCGUGCCGGGCUUUUGGAAGAAGCCAUUGAAUUUAUUGAGAAAAUGCCGAUAGUUCCCAGUGAUUCUGUCUGGGGGGCUGUUCUUGGAGCUUGUCAAAUUCAUGGAAAUGUUGAGCUUGCUGAAAAGGCUUGCAGCCGUUUGCUUGAGUUGGAUCCUGGAAACCAUGGAGCAUAUGUUCUUUUAUCUAAUGUGUAUGCCAAAACUGGGAAAUGGGAUAGUGUUUCUAGAUUAAGGAAGCACAUGAGAGUAACUGGACUAAAGAAAGAACAAGGUUGUAGCACAAUUGAGGUCAAUGGAGUUGUACAUGAGUUUCUGGCGGGAGAUAAUCGCCAUCCACUUUCCAAGGAAAUUUACUCAAAAUUGGAUGAGAUUUUGGUGAGAUUAAAAUCAGAUGGUUAUGUACCCAAAAAGUCCCACCUUCUGCAACUUAUUGAAGAGGACGACCUGCAGGAACAUGCCCUUAACCUUCAUAGUGAGAAGUUAGCAAUUGCCUUCGGAUUACUUUACAUGGAAGCAUCUCAGCCGAUCCGAAUCAUAAAAAAUCUUCGUGUUUGUGGGGACUGUCACUCAGCUGCUAAGCUUGUAUCCAGGCUUUAUAAUAGAGAGUUAAUACUAAGAGAUCGGUAUCGAUUCCAUCACUUUAGUGGAGGACAUUGUUCAUCUGCAAAUGAAAGGAGUUCUCAUUCGGUGAACAAUUUCUCUUGGUGGCAAUGAUUCUAUUCUUGGUCUACGUGGGAUCCUUCGAGCGCCAUACCGCUAACAUGGUCAGAUGGGCACUAAUGGAUGGUUGAAAUGGUAAGAAAGAGACUCUUGAAGACUCCGCAAAACGUUGAAAAAGAUUUAAAAUUGUGAAAAUAUGAUGCAAAUUUGUGAACUCUGAUUAGGAUGUGCGUGUGCCUACUGACUUGUCUAAGAGGCAAAAUUUUAACUAAUUUGAAGAGUGUCAGGCUAUCUGAAUCUAAAAACAUUGGCUAUGCAGAAGACAAACCAUCCAAACUCCAAAGAACUAC